AUGGAUUCAAUAAAUGAAAGGUGCACUAAUUCAAGUACAUUUCACUCUGUAUUUAAGUCAAAAGUAAUGAAGAAAUUGAAAAACUAUGCACUCCUGAAUAUAAUAAUUUUAUUGACAAGGCUAUCUACUUGCUGAAUAAUGGAUAAACAUUUUAAAAGCUUUUUGUUUGUCAAAAUAUUAACAAAGCUACUGAGUUUGACUUUUAUGUUCCAGAAUUAGUUGCAUUAAUCAUUGUAAAUCUCUAUUAUUAUUAUUUAUAGAAUAAGAUAAAGACUGAAGAGCCAAGUGUAAUUAAAGAAUUAAUCAAAGCAUUAAGUAAUCUUAUUAUUUUACUCAAUGUAAUUAUAUGAAAACUAUUCUAGGAAAAUAUAGUCAACAAAAUUAAAGAAUAAUUAUUGAAAUAACUCUAAGAUUUAUGUUCUAAUUAUUUCAAUUCCCCAUUUUGUGAUCAAAUAUGUGAAUUAAUGUUAACUCUAUCAAAAUAUAUGGAAUUUGAUUUUGAUUCCUACUUACUUAUAUUAAAUGAGGAUAGUGUUAGGUAUGAAGGAUUGAAAAUAAUUGAAAUGCGUUAUUCUUUAAUGUCUAAUAAUCAGUAAGCUUUAUCAUUAAAGCAUGUAAAAUAAUGUAUUGGUAGAAAAAAUGAACGAAUGUGUAGAAUAAUUGAUUAAGUUAUACUUAAACAUGAUAAAUUAUUAAUGAUAUUAAUUAGAGAUUAAGAUUGGUUAAAGAAUACAAUUUCAUUGAUAUCAGACUUUGAUAAGUAAGUAAGAAUUAAUGGAUGUAAAUUAUUUCUUAAUUCUUGGUUGAAGAUGGAAGAAUAAGGUUAUGAAGGUCAUCUUAAAUUUUAAGAUACUCUUCAAGAUAUAAUACAAUUUAUAGAUGAUGAUCCAAAAAUUAUAAUUUUAAUUGUAUAAUGUCUAUCAACAAUUAAAACAGAGUCUAUUUAAUAAGCAUUUAUGGAUUAUAUAAGACCUUAACCUAUAUAAAUUGAAUUAGUAAAGGAAUACUAUCAAUAUAUAUAUUUAUUUGAUUCAAAGAUUCGAUAACAAUAUGAUGAUUUCCUAAUUAAUCAGGUAUCUAAUUUAAUUGAUACAAGUAAAGAGUUUAGUUUUCUUAAACAUUUGUCUGACUUAUAUUGUCAAUUAAAUGAAUAAACACAUCAACAAUUACUUGGUCUUUUAUUUGGAAAUUUAGAAUUAAAUCAAAUAUUUUUUAUUCCUUAUCUUCUUGAUAUCAUUAACAAAGGAAAUAGAAUCAAAAAUAAAUAAUUUACUAUAUAAUUAUAAAAAACAUUUGACUUUCUUAAAAAGUCUAUCUUAAAUUAUGAAUUAAAAGGUUUAUGGUAUGAAGUUGAAGAGACUUUAAAUAUUUUAGAAUGUUUGGCUAAUAAUUUAAAUAUAAAGCCAGAAUUCAAUUCUCUAUGUUUUUCAUAUUUAUCAAUGGGAUCUCAACAUAUAAGAAAAAAGAUAUCUAUCUAUUUAAUUGAUUAAAUAACUGAGAAUUAUGAAAAAAUAGUUCCUCAAUAUCUUUAAUAUCUAAAUCAUACUAAUUAUACAUAUAGAAUAUUAUUAAUUGACUUUUGUAUAUAAAUUUGUAGAAAAAGAAGCAGAAACUUUUUCAAACAAUGUAAUUUAAUAUAAGUAUUGUAAUUACAAAAUGAUCCAGUAUACAUUGUUAGAUUGAAAUUUGUAUAAUUAAUUUAUGAAAUGAGAUUACUUUUCUGGAAUGAAGAAAAAGAAUUAGUCAUUAAAUUAUAGUAGAUAUUUUAACAAUUUUUAAUUGAUAAAAAGUCCAUUGUUUAAUAAGUAUUACUUUUAUAUUUAUUCAUUAGAUGGCCAAAGAUAUUAAUCAAAAACUUUAAUAAAUUCAUUUUCAUCAUCCAGAAACCAUAAUUAAAUAGGAACAUGCCAACAAUUUAAAAGAAAAUAUGGAAACCUUUCAACCUAAACAUUAAAUAAGACUUAAAACUCCUACUAAAAAUAACACUACAGCAAGAUUAUAAACUCCUACAAAUAAAGUUUCCUCUUAAACUCCUACAUUAAAAAAAUAAUAAAUAUUAUUUCCUAAACCUUAAACCAAAAGCAAUUGUGUUUAACUACCUAAGGUUCCACCAAAAUCAAAUAUCACUAAGAAUUAGUAAUUUUAAAAAAAUUCUAAAGAUUAUUGA